AUGUCGCGGAACUCGGAAAAGCAGGGCAGCAUGUUGCAUCGGUUCCAGCAGCAACAAGCCAAUGCUGCUGGCUUGCUGGACGUUGGCCGCACAGUUCGCCCAACAUACAUCUCUGGAGUGGAGAGUCUCCCCCAGGCUGAGAAAUGGAGAUCUCAGGUCAUGAAGGAGAUUUCCAGAAAGGUGACCAAGAUCCAGGACCCGGCGCUGUCUGACUUCCAGCUCAGAGACCUCAAUGACGAAAUCAACAAGCUGAUGAGCGAACGGCAUCGAUGGGACCUGCAGAUCCGAAGUCUAGGAGGGCCCAAUUACGCCUCGUUUGGAGGAAAGAAGCGAGGUUACCAAUACUACGGACGAGCUAGAGAGCUUCCAGGCGUGUCCGAAAUGCUGCAGUCGCAAAAGAAGGACGAUACCAAGAAAUCCGGUGACUUUUACAUCCCUCCAAAGAACCUCAAUAUGGUGUACUUUGGCUACGCCGAUGAUAAUGUCACGGGGCUGAUGGAGUUUGAGAAACAGAGAGAAUCUGAAUUACAGGAUAUGCUUGCUGGAAAACCAGACGAAGAUAGUGGUUUCGUUGUCGGAGAUAUCACUGUUCCCGAGGAGGGAGAUUUGGAAGCACGAUUACUGGAGGAAAGGAAACGACGUGUGCAGGCUCUGCUAGACUAG